CUUGCGCUCAUUUUUAUUCAUGCGCACUCCGGCUUUUAGGAGAUGCUUGGCCAACGCGCGGAAAUCACCGUGCAGGAGAAAUAUCGCAUCCCCUCGGCGGCUGUUUUCCAGGUCUCCAUGACAACAAUUUGCGAUGGUGAAGAAUUCGAUACCAGGGCGCUUGGAGGCUGAUUGGGUGCAUUGUGAGGGGCCUGGGGUCGCUGAUUGGUUCAAGGAAAGCACCACAACUACAAGGAGUUUAUAUUCAUUCAACUUGUUGAAGUGCUCAGCCUGGAGGGAAGUCUGUGCUUGGACUGUGGCUUCGAGUGAGUCUGGAGCCAUCCAGCAGUGAUCUUGAUGGUGGACUACAAGAUCCAACAUGGACUGAUUUAAUCAAAACCUUUGCAAAUAUGGCAAACGCAGACAGUGAAGUCAAGACGUUGCUAAAUUUUGUGAAUUUGGCAUCCAGCGAUAUCAAAGCGGCCUUGGACAAGUCAGCUCCGUGCAGACGCUCCGUGGAUCACAGGAAGUAUCUGCAGAAACAACUGAAGCGAUUCUCCCAAAAGUACUCCAGAGUCCCGAGAUGCCACACGCACAGGUCUGCUGAGUAUGGGUGCGCCAAACCGGUGGGGACUGGUCACCAGAGUGUGAAGGUCACGGAGAAGGCCGGAUCGGAUGCACAAUGUGCGGAGAAUGUGGGGAGCGCCGUGGAGCAGGUACCCAUGAGGAAACGCCAACUACCAGCCUCGUUUUGGGAGGAACCUAAAUUGACCCCAACUAAGAGGGAGCACUCAUAUUUAGGAUUAAAAAGGAACCAUGCAGGAACUUCCGAGAGCAGUGAGAAUGACAAGAGGAAACGGAGUUGCGAUAAGGAUGAUACAAAGGCCGCUCUGUCGGCGUCCAGUCGGCGCAGCUCUGCGGAUAAAGAGACGCUGAAAUUGGACCUGACCUCUCACCACUGCGUGAAUGUGUGCGGCUGCUGCCCCUUCCAGUACCACGGACACCAGGUCCUCCACAGUCACAUUGUUGUCCCACAUCCGCCGCUGGGACUGUGGACUAAAGCAGCAGAGACAGAGAGACCUGAGCAUCCUUAUGGACAGAAAAUCCACACGCACGUUGUGGUCAAACCCAUACCGACCAAACCCACCGUCCAGUCACCGAUAUUCAGUGUGUUUGGAUUCAUUUAAUUACCCUACUAAUGGAGCAGUCACACCGAAAAUGUGUAAAUAGGACUAAUUAUGUUCAUGUUGCAUUCUACAAAUCCAACUCUUCAUUUUUCAACAUUUGUACAUGAGACACUUCCUCGAGCACUUAUUGGAAACGUAAUCUAUUUUUAUUGUUUAAAUCUAAAGUGCUAAGUUGCACUUGCAGAAUAGCGUCUUCAUGUGCACUUUCAUGUCUGAUGCCUUUCCAAGUAUCUGAAAAGUGACAGUAAUUUAAAAGGUUUCUACUUUUAGGUUUCUGCAGAGGAUGAAUGCUCUUUUUUUCAGCACCAAAAGUCAGCAAAUGAAUGAGCACAUCCUGUUUUACUUUUGUCUUUCAACUAUGAGAAUAGAAUGUGGGACAUAGAUUGCUUUUUUCUUUGUCAAAGUAAUGUAUGAUAGAUAGGCCCAUUUGAAACAGUGACUUUUAUUUUUAAAUAAAUGAUUCAACUUCCCUCGAGAACUCCUUUGGGCAUUAGAUUAUUUUUGCUUUCAUUGAGCGUUUCUGUGAAACUGCAAAACACUCUGACGGACAGAUUAAAGAAACUUAUUAUCACGUUUUACAUAUGUUAUAAAUAGAUAUUUUACACAUAGAGAAUUGCAUCUACAGAUAAAAGAUAUGCGAUGAAGCUAAAAAAAGAACACAAAUUGAUAAAUUUAGUCACAUCUAUGAUGCCUAUAUUGCUUGAAGUUCAGAUUAAAGUCAGUCAGCCAGGCUCAGGUAUCUGAUCAGUCUGUCUGGCAGAGGCAGACUUGUGAGAGAUUUCAGUCUGUGUCUCCCCAUUUGGGUCCGAAUCCUAAAUCUGCAAAGGUGCAGCAGUGGACGAGGUGACGCUGUGGACAGGACAAAGAGAGAAAAGAUCAAGAGGAUUGUUGCUUGCAUAAUUGUAGACCACAUUUACGUUGUCUGCAUGUGUGAGGAAGUGAAAGACAGAAAGAGACACGUUUGCAUGUCAGGAUGAUAAGAUUUUGUCAGAUGCUUACAUGACUUCCUCUUAACAGCGAGCCAUUCUUCUCGGCUGUCCAGCUGUUCAGUGAGCUUGUUGCAAAGCUGAACAUGACCAACAUGCUCCAGCAGCAAGUCUAUGAUCGGUCCUGCCCAUUUACACAUGACGGAUGUUGAGAUCCACUCACAGAACUGAAAAGGGAAAAAAAAUAUACUUUGAAAGAACAUUUCAGUUAUUGUAAAAUCCGAGUCACUGCUUUUGCCUAUUUUCCACACCUGUGUUGCUCUUUCUGGUGGCUCACUGCAGUUUAAAAGAAGCAUAUUGUCAUUCUGCAAAACAAUUCUGUUGCUGCCAACUGUUCUUAUGUGGGAUCCUCCUGAUGUUGGGUGAGGGGCACAGCCGUAUGUACAGGUAAAACAGGAGAGGGCAUCACAGCCAUUGUCCAAAAGACACUUGAGUAGAGGCAAAUUAUUCAUGCAAAGGGCAACAACAGCGGGAAACAUAGUGGCGUAGGAGGGAAUUCUGGCGUUGACAUUGGCCCCUCUCUCCAGCAGUAAGGACACAGUGCUGACACAGCCCUGCCGCACAGCCAUCAGUAGAGGACUGACUGGGUCCAGACUAAGAUUUGCGCCAGCGUUCAGUAACACCUCUGCCGUCUCGGUGCUGCCGUUGGCAAUUGCAAAGUAGAGAGCUGUUGCUCGUCGAUCAGCGUACUGGAUGGAGUGACUGUCGGCCAGUGUGGCGUUUACAUCUGCACCUGUCUUGAGCAGCACAGCUGCCGCGGUGUGUCUGUUGUGCUCUGCUGCCAGGUGGAGGGGGCUGAUACAACUGUGCCGGAGCCUGGCUCGACUUGUCACUGAGACAAGCAGGGACACGAUCCUGCACACAGAGUGAGGACACAAAAUACACGAAGACAACAAAUACUAAGCCGUUUUCUAAAACUCUUGCCGUAGCCUUAUUCAUAAUAACCAUUGUACAUUAUAACAACACAUUUUGUAGCUGAAUACAAAUAUUGCAACUUCAGCAGUAUCCUUAUCAACAAGUUACUUACUCAUGAUGUCCGAAUUGGGCAGCAAUAUGCAGCGGCAGCAGUCCUGAGUUGGUGGGUUUGUUGGCAUCUGCAUUUUUAGUCAACAGCACUGCAACGCUUUCCUUGUGGCCAUUUUUACUGGCCUCAUGCAGAGCUGUGACCCCAUCACACGUCUGCAUGUUCACAUCUGCACCUACAGAGAAGCAUGGGUCUUUUAUAACCUUGAAAUGGGGAUUAGAAACAUUAAAAGGAGUGAUAUUGUUGUGCAGAAAGGUACCUUUUCCAAUAAGGUAGCAGAGCGCCCUCAUCUGUUCUCGCUGAGCUGCUACAAUGAGUGGUGUGAUGCUGUAAGUAUUAGGUGGAUUGAUUGCGGCCCCGGCUCUUAUUAGUAUCUCACAGAUCUCUGUGUUGUUCCUGGACACAGCCUCGUGGAGGGCUGUCCAACCCUGACCACACCGCUGGUUCACAGUGGCCCCAUGGGUAAGAAGGAGGCUCACCAUGUCCAUAUCCUCCAACUCACAAGCUACAGAAACAGACAAGUCAUUUGGCUGUUAUACGGUUAUCUAUAUUUUCUGAAUAGUUCUGUUGUGUAGAACACUGCUGUACCUUUGUACAAAGGGGUUUCUUUGUUCUUGCUGCUGAUGUCGGGGUCGGCGCCUGUCUCCAGAAGGCACUGCACACAUGACAAGUGUUCACAAGACACAGCGAGCAGCAGGGCCGUCUGCUCCUGCAAGGUACGUUUGUCUACCGAUCCUGGAUGGGCUGGUGCAGAAAAUAUUCAUAUCACACAAACCAGUUUGGUGACUCGUUUUGCAUUUUGAGAAUGUUCAAACAAAGCAUCAAAACGCCUCUUUGAAUAGAUAUGUAGAUAUGGUAUCUUUCCCAUAUUGUCACUCUGAGCUCAUGCUAUUCAAAACACAACAAAUGCACUGCUUUUAAUACCGCUUUUAAUGUCAUACCCCUCAGUAUGAUCUUCAAGCACUCUGUCUGUCCGGAGAAGGCAGCAUCAUGCAGAGGUAUCCAGCCAUCUUUGUUCUCCUUCAGCAGGCUGAGAGGAGCGGAUGUUGCCAGAUCAUUAACAGCCUUCACGUCCCCUCUCCUGAUGGCAAAGACCACUGGCUCAACAUCCCUUAAAAGGAGAGAAAAAAACACUUGAAUUGACUUACACCUAAACACAAUCAGACAACAGCACUGUGUGAGGGCUGUAGUUUUGAUGCAACCAUGAGAUCUCCAAUAUUUAUAUUUAGGUGAUAAAAAUAAUAAUAUACUGUAAUAUAAUAAACAAUUCUAACUGGUAUAAUAUGUUAUUUAUUUAAUCAAAAUCGAAUAUUUCCUACUCAUAUUCUACAACAGUUACACAGAAGUCCUCAGUUGAGCAGAAGGACCCCCAACACACACACACAC